AUGGCCGAAACGACGACCAACUACGUCAUCUUCCCCGUCUUCAUCAUCGUCCUAUCCUUCCUCACCCUCAUGUUCAUCAUGCGACGAAGGAACCGUCGUCGCAACCUCAUCAUGCAGGCGCAGAACGGCGGCAGCGGAAACAGCCAGUGGCCCGGCCCCGGCCCCGGAGUCGUAUACCGACUACGCGACCGGGGCGGCUUCGGCGGAGCAGCUGGGAGGGUGAGGGGUGGCGGCCCCGGAGGAGGCCACGGCGGCAGGAGGAGAGCCGUCGACGAGUCUACCGAGGGCCUCAACGAGCUCGGAGAGGCGCCCCCCCCGUACGAUGGGAAGAGGGAAGCCGCCGGUCCUGCUGCCACCGGCGCGUGGGGUCAGCAGCAGCAGCAGCAGCAGACACCGGGCCAGCUGGAGGCCGGCUUGCCCGGGUACUAUGCUCCUCCUGCUGAACCGCCGGCGGCGGCAACGAGGUGA